AUGAGUUUGGUAGCACAAUGGGACAGGGCAGUGAGCGAGCGGUAUCCAGAUUUGACAAUGCUUCGUAAGAGCAUCUGGAGAGGGACUCUUAGAGAAGAGAGCUCUAAUAGCAGCAGUGGGGGUGGUGAUGGUAACAAUGGGUUUCCACCUCGAAGUAUUUUGUGGAAAGUUCUGUUACUUUAUGGAACUUUUGAUAGCAAAAGCUGGAAUGCCUCACAAGAACGUGAUUUGAGAAGAUACAACUCGUUGAUAGACCGAUAUGGCGAUGAUAUUGAUCCAGAUGGACUUGGCUCUGGUAGCAACAGUAGCGAUGGUGCCCAACAUGAGCAUCAGCAGCAUGCUAAUGAUGACAAUGCUGGAAGUGGUAGUGGUAAUGAUAGUAGCAAUGACAGUAACUUCAAAAUCAGUGAAAAUGCUUCACAUUUUGGAAGAUAUGAUGAAGUAUCUGGAUCAACUGGCGUUGCUGGUGCUGGUGCUGGUGCUAGUGGUGCUGAUAAGACGAACACCACGAUAUACAGCCCGAGUCCGUCUAAAUCUGCGAUUCCAACAGUAACUACCCGGGUGGUGGAUGACCCAUUGAGCCAAGGCUUGUCUUCAGUGAAAGGAAAGAAAAGCUCACUGCUGGGUCAGCUCAAAGAAACAACAGGUAGUGACGAGUUCGAAGACGUAGAUCUGACUAUGGACUCGUUCUAUGAGGAUGAUGAGGAUCUUAGCGACAUUAUUAUGAGAGAUGUGGAAAGAGCAUUCCCAGAAGUAGAUUUCUUUCGGGACAAUGAUGUACAAUACAGGUUGCACCGAAUACUGUACAUUUACGCAAGACAGAAUAGAGACAUUGGUUAUAGACAAGGCAUGCACGAAUUGGCUGGUCCAAUGCUAUGGGUGAUGGCCAACGAUAGCGACCAGGGAAUUGUUGAUACAUACGUCGAAUCAGAUGCUUAUACUGUGUUUCAAGCAGUAAUGAAGAAUGCCAAGGCAUGGUAUCUACCACCAAAACCAGCUGAUGAUAGAGGUAGCACUACAACAGCCAACUCCCUAGAUUCAACAGGAACAGGUUCAGAAAAUGGUUCAACAGGUUCUAAUAGUAAAAGUGGUUCACUUUCUGGAUCUCCGCGAAUGACAAAAUCAUCAACAACAGGAUCUGGUGAGAAUAUAUUAACUAGACGAAACGAUCCAGUUCCCGAGAUAGUUGUGAAAUCUCAGAAGAUCCAAGAAUCGAUUUUAAAAAUUGUAGACCCCGAAUUGUACAAUGUUUUGGUGUCGAAUGAAAUAGAACCCCAGAUAUGGGGAAUCCGAUGGAUUAGACUGAUAUUUGGCCGGGAGUUUGGAUUUAACCAGAUGCUCAGGCUAUGGGAUGCAUUAUUUGCAGCAGACGGGUCGACUCUUGAGUUAAUAGACCAUAUCUGUGUCAUAAUGCUAAUUCGAAUCCGAAAAAUUCUUUUAGAAGAACCACAUUACGCGGAAAUACUAACGACAUUACUAAACUACCCCACAGACCAAGCUCAACCGCCGUAUUUAUAUAUCAUCAACGCACUUUAUCUAAAAAGUCACUUGAAUCCCGAAAGUGGAAAGUAUGUUUUUGAUCAGUUUGAAAAGUACAACCGAGUCGAAGCUGGUACGAGCUCAGUUCCUGAAAAAGAAGAUAGUCAAAAUUAUGCAUCCACAACAAGCCCAGGUCUUUCUCCUUUUGUACUGCCAUCAUUGACAUCCACAGCAUUCAACCUAGAGUCGAUACGAGACGCUGCCAUAACAGUUUCCAAAAGAUUUGACAUUGACCGUAGGGUGCGAGAUGCCUUCGAGAAACAGCGACCACGAGCAUUAGCAGCUGCUGGCCAGCUGGUUCGAAACGAAGCUCUUGCCGAGCUGCUUGAUAGUUCAUUAACAAUUUUGGAGAAGGUUGCAAGAGGAACAGAGGCAGCACCGGCUUUAGAUGCCAUAAACCACGUCAGAGAGUGUCUUCUGGAUGAAAAGUAUCCUCUUGACAAGAUCGAGUCCCGAUAUGGGGCCCAUCUAAACAGUGAGCUCGAAACCAGCAAUACGAAAAAUGAACAUCACAAACAUAAUUCUCUAGAUGACGAAGAUAUGAAAGCACUGGUGGAGAACGAGUCAUCAGAAGCUGUAGAGCCAGACGGUGAAUCGAUUCUGUUAGUGGAUGGACCAGUGGCCUCAGCACAUCGAAAAGGGACCUUCAAAAGUCCUUCACGUAUUCUUAAAACGCCCACAACCACAAAGAAAACACCGAAUCCAUUUACCGAACCAGGUACUCUAUCACCAUCACCAGCUCGGCGCGAGAAAAAUACGCCCAUCCGGACCUCAAUCCUCGCCAACAGCGAUUUUUCAUGGAUGCUAGACUCCCCAGGCCCCUCACCCCCUGAUAUUCGCUCCUCAUUCAAAUCCAGCAGCAGCGUCUUCCCCAAAACAGAGGGACCAACACGAGCCAAAGCUGCCGACAUCUUCGAGCUGUCUUAA